AUGAGCCAUAAAGGACGGCAGGGAAGGAUGAGCGAGUGUUCUGGGGCAGCUGUAUCCGGGGUGGUGAUCCUGGAGGAACCUGAGGGUUCAGGGGCUUCAGGGGGCCGUGGAGAGGGCCAGGCCCAGGAUCAGGGUCCCCUUCGUUGUGCUGUUUGGCCACGCCAACAGACAUGGCUAUGUGUGGUACCCUUACUUAUUGGUUUCAUUGGCCUUGGAUUGAGCCUGAUGUUGUUGAAAUGGAUUGUUGUCGGUACAGUGCGGGAUUACGUGCCAACGGACUUGGUGGAUGCUAAUCGAAUAGGCCAGGAUCCUAUCUUCCUCUCCAAACCAAGUGGGAUUCCCAAAAGUCCCGACACUACUACUACUACAAUUACUCCUACAGUUGAUGGCGGGAACCCCACGCCUAGAACUGUAACUGUUGCGAAAGGCAGAACUCGUUCCACUGCUACUACCACUACUAUAAAUCCUAGAGGAGGUGGAGCCUCAGGUAGCCAAGUAACCCCUCGGAAUCCUGUAAAUCGUAACGGACGUGGACCUUCAGGUUUUACUACAACCACUGCAGCGCCAAGGACAACCUUCAUAAUUGGGGCGGCAACACCUAGCCCCUCUCCGUCCAAUCCAACUGUACUCCAUGACUCUACACAGAUGUGGACCCCGGAGCAUACUACAACUGAGACGGUCUCUACUACGCUCACCACGCGAACGCACAGCCACCGCAAAGCACCAUCUCCAACUGUCCCUCCGCUGCACUCGGAGCAUUUCAAACCCUGUCAUGAGAAGGACCUGGCCUACUGCCUAAAUGGUGGCGAAUGCUUUGUCAUCGAGACGCUAAGUGGGCCUCACAAGCACUGCAAAUGUCGAGAAGGCUACCAGGGAAUCCGCUGUGACCAGUUUCUGCCCAAGACAGACUCCAUCCUGUCUGACCCAAUUGAUCACUUGGGCAUCGAGUUUAUGGAGAGCAAAGAGGUGUACAAGAGACAGGUGUUGUCAAUCACAUCCAUCGCCAUGGCGAUCAGCCUGCUGGGAACCCUGUGUAUGGCCCUCUACUGCCGCAACAAGAGGCGCAGAGAGAAGCUCCAGGCUCAUCUGAAGGAGAGUCGCAGUCUGAAAAACUACUCUGCUAAUUCCCAUAAUGCCCUGGAUGCCAAGAUGAGGGCCCUGAACACCAACGUGCAAAUGCAUGAGUACUGCAAACGGCCCUCCCAGUCUCGCCAGGGAAACAUCUGUGAGUCCAGCUUUGCACACUGCAACAUCACCACCACGCCGCCCAGCAGCUCCAGAGGCACAGCCAAACAUCACAGAAGUGGGUCCUUGUCUCACAGUCCAGAUCAGAGAACACGGGCAGCGCCUUGGUCAGCUCCGCGCAGGACCCCACCCAUAUCCAGAGGAAGGCUAAAUCCGAUUGGAGGAUCCAAAUAUUCAGCCCCUGCCUACCAACAUCUUCAAGAAGUCGACUCAACUGAGAAGGAAACUGAAGCACAAAGACGCUGCCAAAUGCAGGAAGAGAACCUGUGCAACGACCCCAGAAGAGAUGCCCUCCUACAUAUGCAAACCCCUGUUUCCACGGGGACAACAUCACCGUCACCUUGGAUCGGUCGCACGGAGGUACGUUCAGGCCUGUGCCCUCCAUCAGAGCAUGGCGAUUUGAAUCCCGCCACCCGGAGCCUGCGGAGACCCGGUCGCCGUCACAGCCACUCCCCGCCUCCUCCGUUUCGCUCCUGCUCUAUCCCAAUCAUCCCCUCCGUCCAGUGUCACCAUGACAGCGAGGUGUCUUGUAUGCAAACCAGUGUGACCCCGGCAACCACAGCGACGUCUGCCACCUGCGGAGCCACGCCCUGCAAGGCCGAGAGGAGAGAGAAGGCAGCACACGGUUUGUCCUCUUCUUCCUGCUCGUCCGCCAUUGGCCAGCAGCAGGAUGAGGUGGCGCUGCUGCUGGAGGAGGCGCAGGAGCAGCUCAGGGCGUUGGCGCUGGCUCACAGGAAGCAGGAAGAGGGUGGGAUCAGCAGCAGCGGAUCGACGGCUGUGCCGGUGGAGGCCAGAGAAACUGUUUGCUUCCUGAACCUUAACGGAGGAGGUGCUGGGGUGCUGAGCUGUAACGGACCAACGCAGACGCAGUUACUCAGCCCCAGCCUAUCACACAGAGACCUGGGCCAAACCGGCCAAUGA